GCUACAUGUGGUGGCUGGCUGGUAGCUACUCUCCAAAAAAACUGCCGUGGUUACCAGAAAACGAGUCUUUUUCAAUCCCGUAAUUUGACCAUUUUUUUUUAAUAUAAUAAAAAGUAGCCUUGUGUGAUGAGUUUGCGCGUUAAGCUAACUGUUCGUGUAUUAUGUGCGAGAAAAACCUUCGCACCAUUUAGCAUUGCUGUUUAUUUAUUAUUAAAUUAAUCAUACCAGUAAUAAGUAUGAGAAUGUGCGCAUUCUUCGGUUGUUACUAUGUGCAUCUUCCAAACAAUUCUUUCUUAAUUUGUGAGGUAAUUAUCUUUGUUAGUUGAUAGAUGAUUGGUAAUAAUUAUUAUUGUGAUAAGAUAGGAGGCGAAAUAUGGAAAUGGAAGACGAUGGAAGGGACGUGGAGCAUAUGGGUAAGGAGGAAGAUAGAAUAAUAAUAUCAUCAAGAUCUUCAUCUGGCGGGUUGACGUUGAGAGAGCCUCUCCUUGUGAAGAAUAACAACAGGCUCAAUACUACCUCCCAGGUUGCCAUUGUUGGAGCCAAUGUUUGUCAAAUUGAAAGUCUUGACUACGAGAUUGUUGAGAAUGAUCUAUUCAAGCAAGACCGGAGGCUUGGAGCAAAAGCCGAGAUUGUGCAGUAUGCCAUCCUCAAAUGGACUUUUGCACUUCUUAUUGGUUUAGGCACAGGUCUUGUCGCCUUCUUCAAUAACAUUGGUGUUGAGAAUAUUGCUGGUUUCAAGCUUCUCCUCACCAACCAUCUCAUGCUUGACCACAAAUAUCAUCAGGCCUUUGCACUAUAUGCUGGUUGUAACAUGGUUUUAGCCAUCGCUGCAGCAGCCCUGUGCGCCUAUGUCGCCCCUGCAGCAGCCGGAUCUGGCAUACCUGAGGUCAAGGCAUAUCUUAAUGGCGUUGAUGCUCCUUCUAUAUUGGCUCCACCUACUCUCUUUGUAAAGUUUUUCAGAUUUUGGCUCAAUUUUCGGGUUGCAGCUGGUUUUGUUGUGGGUAAGGAAGGACCUAUGGUGCAUACUGGUGCUUGCAUAGGAAAUCUACUUGGACAAGGUGGUUCAAAAAAAUAUGGACUGACCUGGAAAGGGUUCAGAUAUUUUAAAAAUGACAGAGAUCGAAGGGAUUUGAUCAAUGUGGUGCGGCUGCUGUGUUGCUGGUGCCUUCCGUGCCCAGUCGGUGGUGUCCUUUUGCACUUGAAGAAGCAGCUUUUGUGGUGGAGAAGUGCUCUUAUGUGGAGAACAUUUUUUACUACAGCUGUAGUAGCUGUGGUGCUGAGAGGUUUUAUGGAAUAUUGCAAGGGGGGAAUUUGCGGUCUUUUUGGGGAAGGAGGUUUGAUAAUGUUUGAUGUUAAUUCAGUAAAGCCUGCAUACAGCAUACCUGAUCUACUAGUAGUUAUAUUUCUUGGAGUUAUUGGAGGUCUCUUGGGAAGCCUUUAUAAUUAUCUUGUGGAUAAGGUCCUUCGCACUUACAACAUCAUUAAUGAGAAAGGCCCUAUAUUUAAAAUAAUACUUGUGAUGAUUAUAUCAUUUUUGACCUCUUGCUGUUCAUUUGGGGUUCCAUGGCUAUCAAAGUGCAUCCCUUGUCCUCCUCAUGUGGGGGAUCAGUGCCCAACCGUAGGGCAUUCUGGACACUACAAGAAUUUCCAAUGUCCUCCUAAUCACUACAAUGACCUCGCUUCUCUCUUUUUUACUACCAACGAUGAUGCUAUCCGCAACCUCUUUAUUGCUGGCUCUCACAAAAGAUUCCAGCUCUCCAGUCUCCUGAUAUUCUUUGUGGCAAUAUACUUCCUUGGAAUCAUUACUUAUGGCAUCGCAAUUCCCUCAGGGUUGUUUAUUCCAGUGAUACUAGCAGGGGCUUCAUAUGGGCGUGUUGCUGGAAGUCUGUUAAGUCCAUUUACAGUUUUGGAUGUGGGUUUGUUUGCACUUUUGGGUGCUGCAUCCUUCCUUGGUGGCACAAUGAGAAUGACUGUCUCUUU